CUAACUAUUACUAACCUUUCAACAUUCCAUUUGAAGGUGAAAAGUAUGAGGGGCGUGCAAAGAGCAAGAAAGAAGCCAAGCAUAUAGCAGCUGAGAAUGUGCUACGAAGCAAGGGUUUAUGGCCUAUGCAACAGGGUUUGGCACAGGUAGAGCGUGACAGCGUGGAUGCAGUAAUGUUGCCACCGUCCGAUACUGUGAAGAAACCAACCGAUGAAGAAGCAAUAGUUAAAGCGAUCAAUGAUGGAAAGAAUCCAGUGUCAGUUACACAUGAGUAUCAUCCUGAUGCAAAGUUUACGAUUGUUAGUGAUGUUGGAAGAGCUCAUAGUAAAAUCUUUACUAGCGAGCUAGUCCUAAAUGGUAAGACAUACCUGGGAACUGGUGCUAGCAAGAAAUCUGCAAAUGUGUCUGCAGCAGCAAGAGCUAUGUUUGAGCUUUAUGGUGUCAUUCAUUGCACAAAUAAUGAAGAUGUUUCUGAGCCAGCUGAUUUGGAGUUCCUUGUACCACAACCACUGGCAGAUAAAAUUGGUGAGAUGGUUCACCAAAAGUUUGCCCAGUUGACUGAGUCGGGCAAUGCACCAAACCUGAAGCGUAAAGUGUUGGCUGGGAUCGUGAAAACAGUUCAGAAAGGAGAGGAGGUUGUUGAAAUGGAUGUGAUCAGUCUUGGCACUGGAACUAAGUGUAUUACCGGGGAGAGCAUCAGUAAUGCAGGACAGGCGCUCAACGACUGUCAUGGCGAAGUCAUUGCUAGACGUGGAUUGUGCCAUUAUCUGUACGAGCAACUCGAUUUGGCAGUGAAGGGAAAGGUAAAAGUGUCUUGCUUUUCAAAGAAGAAAAGUGGUCAGUAUGCUUUGAAGGAAGGUGUUGCAUUUCAUCUUUAUAUCAGCACUUCACCAUGUGGGGAUGGUAGAAUAUUUUCACCAAAGGAAAAGGAAGUUGAUGAGCCAGGUGACAGACAUCCUCAGAGGAAGACAAGAGGAUUACUUCGAACCAAAAUUGAAAAUGGUGAAGGUAAGUGAAAUGGAAUAAGCUCUUUGUAUGUUUGAAUGGCAAUAUGAAUAUGCUUAGGCUUAUGGGUUGAAAGCUUUGCAUUACCAAAUAAACAUGAUGUUUUCCUAAACCAAAAAAUUUUAAGUGUAGCAUAUUAAUGUUUGAGUCUGUCAACAAAAUGGCUCCCAAUAGAUUUGCUUUUGUAUUUCAAACCCUGUCAACUCGUAUAUUGUGGACUUCUCUUUGCUUUAAUAGUAAUGCCCCAUGACACUACCUGAUAUUGUUUGUUUGUGAGUUAUAAUCAUGAUUUUUCAAGCCUCGGUUUGCUAGAGUGAGGCAUUUUAAAUUAACUUACCAAAAACAAUGAGUUUUUUCAAACCAUUGACAGAUAUCAUGGUUGAAUCAUUAACACUUGCCGGUGCAGCAGGCCGGCUAAGACCAUGCAAGCUAGGAGUCCAACUGUUUCAUGGACACAUAUGGACCGUGCAGCGAUUUUAUGAUUUGGGGGGGGGGGGUAUCUCCAUUAAUCAUGGACAGUCUUAUUUGCCUAAUAGGGAUGUACUGGAUAUUGCUUUGCCGGAUACCGGAUGGUACCGGAUAGUAGUCUACUAGAUAAUAACCAGAUACUGAUGUACUUGGACAAUACGUAACUUUUUGUCAUAAAAUAGUCCAUUGGGCACAAGGAUCGUUAGACAAUGUACAUUUCGUUUUAAUAUGUCACUUGUUCAGUAGACUAGUUGUGUUUCAUAAUACCUUAAAGGCCGGUUUACACUUCUGAGAUUUCUGCGAUCUUCUUCUGAUGGAUGUGAACGAGUAGACGAAUUAUGAAUGUUCUGAGUAUGUGUAUCCUCAUCUGAACAUCCAUAACUCGUUCACUCGUUCGUAUCCAUCAGAAGAAGAAAAUCGCAGCAAAAAUUGCAAGUGUAAACGGGCCUUAUAAACGGAGAAUAGACCGUUGUGUGGUUACAAUAAAAGUUUGAGUACUGUACUAUCCAGUAGUACUUACCGCCAGAUGUCUACAUGUACAUUUUAUUGGAUACCAGUAUCCGGAUGAUCCAGCACAUCCCUAAAUGCACCAAAAUCCCAAACACCAAAAUGUGAAUCUAUCAUGCAAGUUAGUAUGUGAAUUUUAUCUGUGAUCUUGUUCUCUUAAUAAGAUAUCAAUAAUGGCCCCAAAGAAUAUACAGUAACAAUAUGCAUGUUAAGUUAUAAUAAAUGUUAAGUUGGUAUAAAUUACCGUAUGCAAAUCCCAAAUUUGGAUGGCCAUAUUUGAAGAUCCUGGCUAAGACCUAGACAAGUAAAACUGUGUGGUACUAGAUGGUAAAAGUGCACUGAGUUUUUACUGCCAUAUACUGGUGUUAGAAACAUGCUUGUAAACAUCUCUGUUUUGACAUUUUAAAUCUGAUUUUGUUUUUACCGGUAAUUUUUAGCAAAGCAUAUUUGGUCUUUUCUGGUUGCAAUGAUACUACUAUUUGCAUUCAAGCAUUACACUGGACCACAAAACAAACUGUUUGCAAGUUAUGCAACAAAGUUAUCAUUGGACAACUACACACUGACAUGUCAAAACAUGAAACAUUAUGCUCGCUUGUUUUGAAAUGUGAAACGUGUGGUUGUCCAAUAAUAACAUUGUUGUAAUCUUGGGAAUAAUGGCCGGUGUAACGCUUGAAUGCAAAUGGUACAGUAGCACAACAAGGUAUCCUUGGAAAGCUAAUGACCUCAUCUUUCUUGAUACAGUUCAAGUAAGUCGGUAAACUGAUUAGCUCUGGCAUAAGUUGGUUUAGAUAUUUUGUACACAUUGUAAAAGGCAUAUUGUUAAGCAAGCCAUUGGGAAGAUGUUUGUAAGACACUUUAAUUAUGAAAACACCUGAUAAGAUAUACGGUCUGUUCAAAAUAAAAUUUACAAUCUGGACAACAAAGGGACAAAUUGGCAAAAAUUUUAAAUGGCUACGACCACUUUGACAGUAUGCCUUACACUGUAAAUAUGAUAUGCCUGAACUUGUUGAAACAUUAGUCAUUGUGUUAAUUAUUUGCCUCCCAAACUCGACAGGAAAUGGUGUUAAUAAAGUAUUUUAUUUUAUCAGGUACAUUACCAGUUCGCGUUGGGGGUGUUGUGCAGACAUGGGAUGGAGUACUACAGGGAGAACGACUUCUGACCAUGUCUUGCAGUGACAAAAUCUCAAAAUGGAACGUCGUUGGUCUUCAAGGUGCUUUGCUUAGCCACUUCAUUGAGCCUAUCUACCUCACUUCAGUUGUUCUUGGUAGUUUGUACAACUUCCACCACCUCACUCGUGCCUUGUACAGGCGAUUGGGCGUUCUCGAUCUUCCUGAUCCCUAUCACCAUAAUUACCACCUGGUCAAUGGUAUUUCCCUUCCCGAACCGCGUGCUACAGGAAAGAGCCCUCCUUGCAGUUUGAAUUGGUUAUGGGGGAAAGACGCAUUGGAGUGUGUUAAUGCAAGUAGUGGCAAGCUGGAGAACGGGGAAGUUUCGCGACUCUGCAAAAAUGGGUUCUUCCGAAAAUUCCUGCCUCUGUGGAAGAAACUGAGACGUAAUGUGGCAGAACCAGCCACAUACCAUGAAGCAAAACAAAGUGCUGAAAACUACCGACGUGCUUUCUCAGUCCUCAAGAAUGAGUAUGAAGCUAAGGAGUUGGGAAAGUGGGUGGAAAAACCAAUUGAGCAAGAUGACUUUUAAACUUUACAAUUUGGAUAUAUAUUAGAUUUUAACAGUUUUAACCAGCUCAGUAGGUUGUACUUGUAUUAACGUGUUUGAGAGAACUCAACGAAAUGGAGAUUGAAUACUUAGAACACAUGAGAACCCAAUUUAAUUUUUUUAUUGCUGUGACAGUAAUGUAGCAAGAAUUACACUUCUUAGUUUGAUUGCAUUUCUUAUGUUUCCGUGUAUUUAUUGUAGCGC